AGUAGAGGGCGCAGUUUGAUUCUACGCGAAUAUAAUAUGACUCAUAGUGUACUUUAAGAUUGUUAUUUUUUGUAUCUUCUAUACAAGCUUCUAUUAAUAAAUAUUGCAAAUGAAUUCACAAAUAAGAGUAAAACUUGAAUAAUAUAAUAGUUUAGUUGAGGAUUGUCAAAAAUACGAAAAUUCGGGACCUAAUUAUAACUUUAUAUGAGCAAAACAAAAAUUGAGGUUAUAAUACAAGGCGUAAAAAAACGACAAACCCGUCAAUUUGACAUCUUUCAAAUAUAAACACUGUCAUUUUAAAGCUUCCUGAAAAUUUAUCAAAAUGUCAAUAGCCACUCCAGAUUUGCUUAAUGCAAUAUCUGAUUUAGCAACAAUAAGGGAAAUGAAAGUUGCCGUGAGCGUAACUUCUCAAUGUGGAUUAAUCACUGCAGUAACUACUAUGAUUGGUGGACUUAUUGCUGGACCACCAGGAAUUGGCAUUGGGGGUUUAGUAGGAACUGCAGCGGCAUGUUAUCAUUCCAAUGGAAAAUUCAAGUCUGUUCCUGAAAUUUUAAUGACCGAAGCCAGUCCAGAACAAAAAGAAAAAUUGGCAGAUGCUGUGAGGAAUGUAUUGACAGCAGAAAACAUCCUUACCUUAGUGCAACUUGCUGCUACAAUACAAAACAAUAGAAUGUUAUUGGAUACCAUACAGAAAGUUGUAAGAGAUUUCCUUACAUCAGACAUGGGAUAUUGUAUAUCUUGAAAAUAUUAAGUUCACUGUUCAAGAAAUUUUAUGUACAGUGUAAAUAAUUACAUUAUUAAGUAAAGAUUUUCUUAUAAUGCUGUAGGUAUAUGGGUGUAAAGUGGAGGGUGAUAAGAAAAAAUCAAGUCUUUAUUCAUGAAGUUAAUGACAUAUCAUUUUAAAACAAUUGCAGAUUUUGUAUACAAUAUACAUACUUUUCAAUUCUUUAGCUAACUUUAAUAAUUUAUUUGCACUGUUUAUUGAAUGCCAAAGUUUUUUUUAAAUUUCUGCACUGACUCGUUUUAAUGGAUUUGUAGGAAUAUUGAAGAAAUAUUAAAAAAAAUACUUUAUAAAUAAA